GGCGCGCAGCCAAUCAGAGGCGGGUGCGCUUCCGGCUCCACGUCGGCAGCGCAGGGAGCAAAAUGGAGACGCUGCUGCUGGAGCCCUCCCUGUACACGGUCAAGGCCAUCAUCAUCCUGGACAACGACGGCGAGCGCCUCUUUGCCAAGUACUACGAUGACACCUCCUACCCCAGCGUGAAGGAGCAGAGGAGCUUCGAGAAGAACAUCUUCAGCAAGACCCACCGCAGUGACAGCGAGAUUGCCCUCCUGGAGGGGCUCACUGUCGUCUACAAGAGCAGCAUCGACCUCUACUGCUACGUCAUCGGCAGCGCCCACCAGAACGAGCUCAUGCUCACCGCUGUCCUCAACUGCCUCUUCGACUCCCUCAGCCAAAUGCUGCGGAAGAACGUGGAGAAACGAGCCCUGCUGGACAACAUGGAGGGGCUGUUCCUGGCCGUGGACGAGAUCGUGGACGGGGGGGUGAUCCUGGAGAGCGACCAGCACGUCGUGCACCGCGUGGCCGUGAGGGGCGAGGACGUGCCGCUCACCGAGCAGACCGUGUCACAGGUGCUGCAGUCGGCGAAGGAGCAGAUCAAGUGGUCCUUGCUGCGUUAGGGGGCACCCUGAACCCC